AUCUAGUAAAUAACGAACACGUAUGUGUCAAACAGGCAAUAUAAAAUGUAAAUUGCAUCUUGUUGACACAGCAGUUUAAUUUACAAUUAUCGUCGAUAAACAUUCUGCAGUAUAAUAAAAUUUAACAUACAGUUAAAAAAGUAAUGUAAAUUAUAAUUAAAUUCUUUCAUUUUCCAUAUUAUUCUCGAACAUUUGCAAGAUUUAAAAUGGUUAGCCACUUUGGAGAGGUUGUAUUUCCAUCAUCGCGAGCGUUUUGGGAUGAUGAGGAUGAAUAUGAAUCAGCUGAAAAUUUAGAACAACACACAGAAUUAUGUGUUCGCUGGCUGAGAGAGAAGCCAGAACGUAUGCAAAAGUUGAUAAUAAUGGAAGGAAAUCCGUUAAUAUCUUUUGUGGAGCAACGCUUCUGUCGCGAAGCUGAAAAAGUAUGCGUCAUAAAAAAUGAUAAUCAGAAAGAAGUUUCUGCCAUUUAUCACAUCGAGAAACAAAUAUAUCUAUGUGUGAUCUUACCGUUAUUCGCUAUGAAAGAUGCAGCAGGAUUUAUAAGUCAGAUAUCAGAGGUAUUACUAAGUACAGAGAACAUAAUGUCAGUGGUAUGCCAUCACGUAUCACAAUUUCAAGGUACGAAUAUUCCAGAGGUACCGUCAUUUUUAAGAGUACUGACAACCAGAAAUGCGAAUAACGCUGAGUGUAAAAUUCAGUCGUUAGAUCAACCGAAUAUCGUAUUUGGCGUCGGUGCGGGAGUUUUAUCCUAUGCCGAAUUUAUGGGUAUAUCAGCUAAAUUGUACGUCUUGUACAUCGACAGUUUUGUACUGGAUUCCAAGUGCGCCGAACCGAUGUUAAAGAUCUUACCUACUGAAAUGCAGCGUAAAUUACAAAAUCCCAAAUGUACGAACACCUUUUUCAGUAAAGGAAAUCUUUACAUGUAGAAA